AUGCGAUCUUUAGAGUUCCAUGACAAUGGCUUCCAUAUAAUGUCUAAGCCUUCUUUGUUUUCGGCACUCGAAAUGGUGCUUUUGGAUUUCCUAAUCUUAUGCCUAUCUAAAGACUGGUGGUUAAGUAAAAGCCCGAUUGCAAUCGAAUAUGCUAUAAUCUUCAUUUCAAUUAUUUCGCUUUGUGCUGCAUCCGAACUCAUUCUAUACGGUGGGAGAUUGUUCUACAUGUUGAUACGCUUCCCUAUCGAAUCCAGAGGUGGUCAGAAAAAGCUGUUUGAGGUUGGCUUCGUAACAGGGAUAUGUUGUGCUUGUUUCGUGCUAAGAUGCCUCAUGGUCUUGGUCUCGUCCUUUGACGAGGAUGCCGAUGUCGAUGUUCUACACCAUCCCCUCCUAAACCUUAUCUACUACAUGUUGAUUGAGAUUCUUCCGUCAGCUUUGGUGUUGUUUAUACUUCGGAAAUUACCUCCGAAGCGAGUUUCCGAUCAGUACCAUCCCAUCAAAUGAAGAGUUGCAUGCAUUUUGUACCCAGAAAUCUGCUUCAUUAAUGAGCACGAAAAAGAAGAACCAGUUCAUUUCAUUAACUUUUUGUUACUGUAAACUCAGAAGUGGCAUGGAGAAUUAACAUGCAUUUUGUUUUCUCAUGUGAUGAAAAUGCAGCUCCAUUGGUUUCAUUAGCGU